AUGCUCACACCAGCUGACCACUCGCACCAGCUGAGUGCAUUGCUACCUGCUGUGAGAGCGGCUGGAGAAAAGAAGACAUAUUUGUGGCUGUGUGGAAGUAUUGAGCUGCAGCCGGGCCUGGUGCCAGCUGCCGGAGCACCUUCAGGACGCGCCUCCAGAGCCAGCCGCCCCGUCCCAGUCAGAGCCAGGCAUGUGUCCCCGUCCCCAGCCCCGGCCCGAGCCAAGAUUACAUUUCAGGACACAGCCGAGCCUCUGGGGCGGCAGGACACGCGGCUCGUCCUGAGGCAGGACACGCGGCUCGUCCUGAGGCUGGACACGCGGCUCGUCCUGAGGCUGGACACGCGGCUCGUCCUGAGGCAGGACACGCGGCUCGUCCUGAGGCAGGACACGCGGCUCGUCCUGAGGCUGGACACGCGGCUCGUCCUGAGGCUGGACACGCGGCCUGUCCUGAGGCUGGACACGCGGCUCGUCCUGAGGCUGGACACGCGGCUCGUCCUGAGGCUGGACACGCGGCCCGUCCUGAGGCUGGACACGCGGCCCGUCCUGAGGCUGGACACGCGGCUCGUCCUGAGGCUGGACACGCGGCCCGUCCUGAGGCUGGACACGGGGCCCGUCCUGAGGCUGGACACGCGGCCCGUCCUGAGGCUGGACACGCGGCCUGUCCUGAGGCUGGACACGCGGCCUGUCCUGAGGCUGGACACGCGGCCCGUCCUGAGGCUGGACACGCGGCCUGUCCUGAGGCUGGACACGCGGCUCGUCCUGAGGCUGGACACGCGGCCCGUCCUGAGGCUGGACACGCGGCCCGUCCUGAGGCUGGACACGCGGCUCGUCCUGAGGCUGGACACGCGGCCCGUCCUGAGGCUGGACACGCGGCCUGUCCUGAGGCUGGACACGCGGCCCGUCCUGAGGCUGGACACGCGGCCCGUCCUGAGGCUGGACACGCGGCCUGUCCUGAGGCUGGACACGCGGCCCGUCCUGAGGCUGGACACGCGGCCUGUCCUGAGGCUGGACACGCGGCCCGUCCUGAGGCUGGACACGCGGCCUGUCCUGAGGCUGGACACGCGGCCUGUCCUGAGGCUGGACACGCGGCCUGUCCUGAGGCUGGACACGCGGCCUGUCCUGGCGUCCUGCGUGUUGAUCCAAGCCCUCGGCACCCUCCGGGCCGUGGAAGGGGGGACCCGGCCCGAGGCGUGGUCCGCGGCCUCCCGGCUCUGUAAUUGA